AUGGAUGCAAAAGCUCGAAAUUGUUUGCUUCAGCAUAGAGAAGCCCUGGAAAAGGACAUCAAGACAUCCUACAUAAUGGAUCACAUGAUUAGUGAUGGAGUUUUAACACCGUCGGAGGAGGAAAAAGUAAAAAAUGAGCCCACUCAACAGCAUCGAGCAGCUAUGCUAAUUAAAAUGAUACUUAAAAAAGAUAAUUAUUCCUACAUAUCAUUCUACAAUGCUUUACUACAUGAAGGAUAUAAAGAUCUCGCUGUCCUUCUCCACGGUGGCCUUCCUGUCAUCUCUUCUUCUAAUGGCAAAGAUUCAGUUGGUGGAAUAACCUCUUAUGUAAGAACAGUCCUAUGUGAAGGAGGAGUACCACAGAGGCCAGUUGUUUUUGUUACUAGGAAGAAGCUGGUGAAUGCAAUUCAACAGAAACUCUUCAACCUGAAUGGUGAACCGGGAUGGGUCACUGUCUAUGGAAUGGCAGGUUGUGGGAAGACUGUAUUAGCUGCAGAAGCUGUUCGUGAUCAUGUCCUCUUAGAAAGUUGCUUCCCAGGGGGUGUGCAUUGGGUUUCAGUUGGGAAACAAGAUAAAUCUGGACUUCUGAUGAAACUGCAGAAUCUUUGUACACGGUUGGAUCAGGAUGAGAGUUUCUCCCAGAGGCUCCCACUUAAUAUUGAAGAGGCUAAAGACCGCCUCCGCAUUCUGAUGCUGCGCAAACACCCAAGGUCUCUGUUGAUCUUGGAUGAUGUUUGGGAUCCUUGGGUAUUGAAGGCUUUUGACAAUCAGUGUCAGAUUCUUCUUACAACUAGAGACAAGAGUGUUACAGAUUCAGUAAUGGGUCCUAAAUAUGUAGUCUCUGUGGAGAGUGGCUUAGGAAAAGAAAAAGGACUUGAAAUUUUGUCCCUUUUUGUUAAUAUGAAGAAAGCAGAUUUGCCAGAAGAAGCCCAUAGUAUUAUAAAAGAAUGUAAAGGUUCUCCUCUUGUAGUGUCUUUAAUUGGUGCACUUUUACGUGAUUUCCCCAAACGUUGGGAGUACUACCUCAGGCAACUUCAGAAUAAGCAAUUUAAGAGAAUAAGGAAAUCUUCAUCUUAUGAUUAUGAGGCUCUGGAUGAAGCCAUGUCCAUAAGUGUUGACAUGCUUAGAGAAGACAUCAAAAGUUAUUACACAGAUCUUUCCAUCUUUCAGAAGGAUGUUAAGGUGCCUACAAAGGUGCUAUGUGUUCUCUGGGACAUGGAGACUGAAGAGGUUGAAGACAUACUACAAGAGUUUGUUAAUAAGUCUCUAUUAUUCUGUGAUCGGAAUGGCAAAUCAUUUUGCUACUACUUGCAUGAUCUUCAAGUAGAUUUCCUUACAGAGCAGAACCGCAGCCAGCUUCAGGAUCUACAUAAGAAGAUAAUCAUGCAGUUCCAGAGACAUCACCAGCUAAACACUCUUUCACCAGAUCAGGAGGACUGCAUGUACUGGUACAAUUUCCUGGCCUAUCAUAUGGCCAAUGCCAAUAUGCAUAAAGAACUUUGUGCUUUAAUGUUUUCCCUGGAUUGGAUUAAAGCAAAAACGGAGCUUGUAGGCCCUGCUCAUUUGAUCCAUGAAUUUGUGGAAUACAGGGAUAUACUGGAUGAGAAGGAUUAUGCAGUCUGUGAAAAUUUCCAGGAGUUUUUAUCUUUAAAUGGACAUCUUCUUGGACGACAACUGUUUCCUAGUAUUGUACAGCUGGGUCUCUGUGAGCCUGAAACUUCAGAAGUGUAUCAGCAAGCUAAGCUGCAGGCCAAGCAGGAGGUCGAUAACGGAGUGCUUUACCUGGAGUGGAUAAACAAAAAGAACAGCAAGAAUCUCUCUCGCUUAGUUGUCCGCCCCCAUACAGAUGCUGUUUACCAUGCUUGCUUUUCUGAGGAUGGCCACAGAAUAGCUUCUUGUGGACCUGAUAAAACCUUACAGGUGUUCAAAGCUGAAACAGGAGAGAAACUUCUAGAAAUCAAAGCUCAUGAAGAUGAAGUACUUUGCUGUGCAUUCUCAACAGAUGACAAAUUUAUAGCAACCUGCUCAGCGGAUAAAAAAGUGAAGAUUUGGAAUUCUGUGACUGGGCAACUGGUACAAAGCUAUGAUGAGCACUCAGAGCAAGUCAACUGCUGCCACUUUACUCACAGCAGACAUCACCUUCUCUUAGCCACCGGGUCAAGUGACUGCUUCCUCAAACUCUGGGAGUUGGAUCAAAAACAAUGUCGAAAUACCAUGUUCGGCCACACCAAUUCAGUUAAUCACUGCAGAUUUUCGCCAGAUGAUAAGUUUUUGGCUAGUUGUUCAGAUGAUGGAACGUUAAAGCUUUGGGAUGUGAAAUCAGCAAAUGAAAGGAAAAGCAUUAAUGUGAAGAAGUUCUUCCUAAGUUCAGAGGAGCCUCCAGAGGAUAUGGAAGUGAUAGUGAAAUGUUGUUCGUGGUCUUCUGACGGUUCUAAGAUAAUAGUGGCAGCAAAAAAUAAAAUCUUCCUUUUUGACAUUAAUACCAGUGGCCUAUUGGCAGAAAUCCAAAUAGGCCUUAAUAGCACCAUCCGGUACUGUGACUUCUCCCCUCAUAACCACUUGGCAGUGGUGGCUUUGUCCCAGUACUGUGUGGAGUUGUGGAAUGUGGACUCCGGUUUAAAAGUGGCUGAUUGCAGAGGACAUUUAAGUUGGGUUCAUUGUGUAAUGUUUUCUCCUGAUGGAUCAUCAUUUUUGACAUCUUCUGAUGACCAAACAAUCAGGCUCUGGGAGACAAAGAAAGUUUGCGAGAACUCUGCUAUAAUGUUAAAGCAAGAAAUAGAUGUUGUAUUUCAAGAAAAUGAAGUGAUGGUUCUGGCAGUUGACAAUAUAAGACGUCUACAACUCAUUAAUGGAAAAACAGGUCAGAUUGAUUAUCUGACUGAAGCUCAAGUUAGUUGCUGUUGCUUAAGUCCGAAUCUUCAGUACGUUGCAUUUGGAGGCCACGAUGGAGCCAUUAAGAUUUUAGAACUCCUAAACAACAGAAUCUUCCAAUCCAGGAAUGGGCACAAGAACACUGUACGGCACAUCCAGUUCACAGCUGAUGGGAAGACUCUUAUUUCAAGCUCUGAUGAUUCUACAAUUCAGGUAUGGAAUUGGCAAUCAGAGGAAUAUUUCUUCCUGCAAGCCCAUCAGGAAACAGUGAAAGACUUUAUGCUCUUGAAAAAUUCAAAACUGCUUUCCUGGUCAUUUGACGGAACAGUGAAGGUAUGGAAUAUCACCACUGGACGAAUAGAAAAAGACUUUGUCUGUCACCAGGAUACAGUGCUUUCUUGUGAUGUUUCUCCCGAUGCCACCAAGUUUUCAUCUACCUCUGCUGACAACACUGCAAAGAUUUGGAGUUUUGAACUCCUCUCCCCUCUUCAUGAAUUGAAGGGCCACAAAGGCUGUGUGCGCUGCUCUGCCUUCUCUGUGGACAGCACCCUGUUGGCGACCGGAGAUGACAAUAGGGAAAUCAGGAUAUGGGAUGUCUCAAGCGGUGCGCUUCUUCACUUGUGUGCCUCGAUUUCCGUAGAAGAGGGACCUGCCACCCAUGGGGGCUGGGUGACCGACCUCUGCUUUUCUCCCGAUAGCAAAAUGCUGGUCUCUGCUGAAGGCUACCUUAAGUGGUGGAACGUCAUCACUGGGGAGUCCUCACAGACCUUCUACACAAACGGAACCAACCUGAUGAAAAUACACGUGUCCCCUGACUUCAAGACAUUUGUGACUGUUGAUAAUCUUGGUAUUUUAUAUAUUUUACAGACUUUAGAGUAA